UUCUCUCUCCUCCACUCAUCACCUGUAUAUAUUAGUACUGCCACGGCUCCAUAUAUAUAUAUAGAGAGAGAGAAAGAGAGAGAGAUCGUCGCCGGUUAUUCAGGUUAUCUUCCUUCUCUGUAUCUCUGCUCAGAUCCAGCUGCUUCAGCUGCCGACAGAAGGCAUCGUUUUAGAAGAUCCGUGGUUCGUUUCUUCUCUGUAUUCAUCAACGCAGAUCUAGGAAGAACUGCUUCAUCUCAUUUACCGAACUCUGUUUGUUUGAUUCAAAAAUGGCUCCGAGUACGAUUCGGAAGGCGAUUGGUGCCGUGAAGGACCAGACGAGUAUCGGAAUAGCGAAGGUUUCAAGUAACAUGGCUCCAGAACUUGAGGUUUUGAUUGUUAAAGCUACGAGUCAUGAUGAUGAACCGGCGUCGGAGAAACAUAUCCGUGAGAUCCUUCAUUUAACGUCAUAUUCAAGAAGUCAUGUUAGUGCUUGUGUUUGUUCAAUCUCGAAGCGGAUCGGGAAAACUAGAGAUUGGAUUGUUGCAAUUAAAUGUUUGAUGCUGAUUCAACGUUUGUUGUCUGAUGGAGAUCCAGUUUUUCAACAGGAGAUUAUGUAUGCUACUCGGAGAGGUACUCGUUUGCUUAAUAUGUCUGAUUUUCGCGAUGAAGCUCAUUCGAAUUCCUGGGAUUAUUCUUCGUUUGUUAGAACUUUAGCUAUGUAUUUGGAUCAGAAACUCGAACUAAUGUGUUACGAGAGGAAAUUAACUGAUAAUGGUAAUGGCAAUGGUAAUGGAAUGGAGAUUGAGAGAUACAAUUCUAGAGAUUCUAGAGAAGAAAGAUGGAGAUCACCACCAAACAAAUCAUACGACUAUGAUUAUCCCAACAAUGGAAUGAGACGAUCAAGAUCAUCAGGAGACGUGAAGGAAAACGGAACCUCCAAUCAAAAAGACGUAACUCCUUUGCGCGAAAUGAAACCGGAGAGGAUCUUCGGAAAGAUGAGUCAUCUCCAGCGUCUAUUAAACCGAUUCUUAUCGUGCCGGCCAACAAGCAUGGCGAAGAACAGCAGAAUGAUUUUAGUUGCAUUGUAUCCAAUCGUGAAAGAUAGUUUCAAACUAUACGCAGACAUUUGCGAGAUUCUGGCAGUAUUACUCGAUCGAUUCUUCGACAUGGACUAUCAAGAUUGCGUGAAAGCAUUCGACGCCUACGCUAGCGCUGCGAAACAAAUCGACGAACUUGUCGGUUUCUACAAUUGGUGUAAAGACACCGGUCUCGCUCGUUCAUCUGAGUAUCCUGAAGUUCAAACGAUUACAGGGAAGCUUCUAGAAACCUUAGAAGAAUUUGUUCGCGACAGAGCGAAAUCUGGUAAGAGCCCGGAGAGGAAAGAAAUUCAACCUCCUCCAAUUGAAGAAAAGGAAACACCUAAUAUGAAUGAAAUCCUCGCCUUACCACCGCCCGAGAGCUUCACUCCCCCGCCCCAAUUCGAACCAGAACCAAUACCUGAACCGCCAAAACCAGCCGACUUAGUCGAUUUACGAGAAGAUCCAUUGACAGCCGACGAUCAAGGGAAUAGAUUCGCACUAGCAUUGUUUUCAGGCGCAGGAAACGAAUCAGUCCAAACGACAACAACGACAUCAGCAUGGGAAAAUCCGGCAGCCGAGCUUGGCAAAGCAGAUUGGGAGCUAGCAUUGGUGGAAUCCGCCAGCAAUUUAUCGAACCAGAAGGCGGAUCUAGGUGGGGGACUAGAUCCAUUAAUGUUAAACGGAAUGUAUGAUCAAGGAAUGGUGAGACAAUACAAUAGUGUUUCUCAAAUGAACAAUGGAAGUGCAAGUAGUGUCAUAUUACCUGGUCCUGUCGGAAACAGUAAAACGCCGGUAUUGGCAUUACCGGCGCCGGACGGGACGACGGAGAAAGUUGGGCAGGACCCAUUUGCGGCGUCGCUUAGUUUUGCGCCGCCGUCGUAUGUUCAAAUGUCGGAUAUGGAGAAGAAACAGCAGUUGCUUGUACAAGAACAAAUGGUAUGGGAUCAGUAUGCGAGAAAUGGGAUGCAGGGACAAGGUAGUUUGUCGAGGAUUUCUGGCGGCGGUUAUCAGGGCGGCGGUUAUCAAGCGUCGGGAAAUAUGAUGCCGUACGGUAUGCCGACAGUAGCAGGGUAUUAUUAUAAUAAUACUCAAUAUUGAAUUUGAGCUAGUUUUUUUUUAGUUUAGUUAUUUGAAUUGCUUUAUAUUUUUAUGUGGGUUUGAGUUAAUUCAUUGUGUUAUAUUUGUAAGUUUUUGAAAUACUCUGUUUAUUAUGUUAAUUUUUUUUUUCCGUUGAAAUUUU